UUUUAAGCCUUUCCAAAAAAUGGCGGCAAUGUAAGUACCGCGGCUUAUAGGUCGGUUGUAACCCGGAAGUACCCUGCUAAAGAGGGGGUGGCGAGACAAUCCGGAAGUAGGAGUAAUGAAGAGGUGCCACUUGGCGGCCAUGGCAGCAGUAGUAUUGGCGACUCAGGGUCAGGGCCUGGCUGAGGGACGUACCUUGGGCUGCAGCCGGUGUAGGGCAGAGACAGCAUUAUAUCGACUUUGCUGUUGAAUCCUCGGGACCCACUGUUAGAGCCUUGCGGGACAGCUUGCUCGACUCCAGACUUGGAAGGGAGUUUGCUGGGACUGGUGGGCUGGUCCCUUCCCUGGGGGCGGACCACCUGCGGGGCCACCUUAGGGAACCAGGUGCCGCCUGAAGACAAGGCACUUGGGUUUGCCGUCCUCUUGCUGGAACCAGACGCACUGUCCAGGGGAGUGGGUCAUUGUGCCACCCUCAUUCCGAAGACACAGUUUCUCCAUCUGUUACCUGCCGGAAUCACAGUGACUGCCAUCCAAGCCCCUAAGAUUGCGCGAAGUUUUCUCUGGUGCUAGUAUCAGCAAAAAGGAGCUUGCCUCUUAGUACGUAAGAGAGCUGCGUGCUUGGUGAACACACCGGCUGGUGGCAAGGUUGAAAGCAGUGGGGAGCUCCCUUGAUCUCUUGGAAAACCGCACGUUUAAAGAGCCUAAGCGCCUUUUCAAACCGCUGGAAUUUUGAAGCCUGGUGACUACAGGAGGGCAGAAUGGAUGAUUUUCUCUCCAUCGGUCUGCUGUCUUUGGCAAUGUUGGUGGGAUGCUACGUGGCUGGAAUCAUUCCUUUGGCUGUUAAUUUCUCAGAGGAACGGCUGAAGCUGGUGACUGUGUUGGGUGCUGGUCUCCUCUGUGGAACUGCACUGGCGGUUAUCGUGCCUGAAGGGGUGCAUGCACUGUAUGAAGAGGUUCUGGAGGGAAAACACCACCACGCCAGUGAAACCAAGCAGAAUGUGAUUGCAUCAGACAAAGCAGCAGAAAUAUCAGUUGUCCAUGAACAUGAGCACAGCCACGACCACACACAGCUGCACGCCUACAUAGGUGUGUCCCUUGUACUGGGCUUCGUUUUCAUGUUGUUAGUGGACCAGUUUGGCAGCUCCCAUGUUCAUUCCACUGACGAUCCAGAAACAGCAAGGCCUAGCAGUUCCAAAAUCACUACCACACUGGGACUGGUUGUCCAUGCUGCAGCGGAUGGUGUAGCUUUGGGAGCAGCAGCUUCUACUUCACAGACUAGUGUCCAGCUAAUUGUGUUUGUGGCAAUAAUGCUACACAAGGCUCCAGCAGCAUUUGGGCUGGUUUCCUUCCUGAUGCAUGCUGGCCUCGAACGGAAUCGAAUUAGAAAGCACUUGCUGGUAUUUGCAUUGGCAGCACCAGCCAUGUCCAUGCUGACAUACUUAGGACUAAGUAAGAGCAGUAAAGAAGCCCUUUCAGAGGUCAAUGCCACAGGAGUGGCCAUGCUUUUCUCUGCCGGGACAUUUCUUUAUGUUGCCACCGUCCAUGUCCUCCCUGAGGUGGGCGGAAUGGGACACAGCCACAAACCUGAUAGCACUGGAGGGAGAGGCCUCAGCCGCCUUGAAGUGGCAGCCCUGGUUCUGGGUUGCCUCACCCCACUCUUCCUAUCGAUAGGACACCAGCAUUAACCGCUAAGAUUCCAGCCUCAGUCCACGGCCAUUGCCAUCCAGGAAAAAGAGCUGGCGUGUGGCGCCCCUCGCUUCCUAGUUCUCGACUCACCCUGCCCAUCUCCACUUGUGUCCUAGAGUCCGGGGAGACGAGAGUCAAUCGUGGAGAAGAGAAACAGCGUGCAGCAGGAACACUGUAAUCACACAGACUUCGUGUUGUCCUUAAAGGGACUUUGACAUACUGAGUUUUGAUGUUUCUCUUAACCCUAUUCUCAGGGAAGAUGGAGUUUAGUUUUAAAGAAAAGUGGAGAACUUCAUACAGUGAAAUAGUAAUUAUGAAAACACAGUGUUCUGUAAUUAAGCUAAAGGUUUUUUCCCCCUUAGUUAGAGGCUCUACCACUUUACCCAUUGGUUUUUAACAUGGUUCUCACCGUGUAAGACUGCUGCGUUAGCUUCUGUGCCACAUGCCUUGAGAGAAGGUGACAAUGCUCAAUCAACCCUCUUAGAUGCUAACGGUGAUGGCGACUAAUUUGAGGUUAGAGUAAGGAAAAUAAGGACAGUAGACACAAGCUGACCUCUACCGAAAGAGGUAUCUAUCAAGAGACGUCUAGAGUCUUGGACAACUCCUUUGCACGUGCCUCCCUAAAUAGAGCCUGCCCUUCUUUCCAGUAGAGCAGUAGCGAUGGGGCCGGCCUGUGAAGAGGGGUCUGGUGUCUGAUAGCAUUUUCUCAAGUACCCUUUGCAAGGGACCUGUCUGCAGCACAUUCUUCCAGCGGAGCCAGAUGCUGUUCAGGCACAGGCUUUCCUUCUACAACAGUAUGAUCACAGUGAAAUUAAGGGAUGUUAAAUUUUCUGGGAAUUUGGGUAGUAACUGACAUCUUUGUAGUAACCUUUUGUAAAGUAACACAAUUACAAAGUAUGUUGUCCUUUUCUGCUAAGUCAGUGGCUCUCAACCUUCCUAAUGCUGUGACCCUUUACUACAGUUCCUCAUGUUAUGGUGACCCCCAACCAUACAAUUAUUUUCAUUGCUACUUCAUGACUGUAAUUUUGCUACUGCUGUAACUGUAAUGUAAAUAUCGGAUAUGCAGCCCCUGUGGGGGUCACAACCCACUGCUUGAGAACUGCUGUUCUAAGUAAUUCUCUUAGCCGCCAGCAGUCUGUCCCGAGUGGAGGAUGUUUGUGUGGGCUCACUAGCUCCCGUGCAGGAGGGAGCAGGAGGGGCAGAAGGGAAUGUCUGCUGCUGGCCUCAAGCUCCUUGCAAUCAUGUCUGUGUCCUCCUCUCCCCAUGCUGUGCUCUGGCCCGCCCCUCCACACUGCCCACGGCCUGCUGAUGGCGGAGCUUCCGAGAGAUGACUUUCCAUCAGGACAGCCAGUUAGCCUUGUGUCAAAUACAGCUUUAUCAAGCCCUUAAGAAAGUCACCUCCUCAUGUGUGAUUGACACAUCACUAGUGCUCUGAUAAUUUAAGCAGUUGAGACAGCAAAAGUAUUCAACAAAGGUAAUUUUUCCAUGUUUGCCAAAAUCUGCCUAAAUCCUGUUUUGUCAGAUAAGUGUAUAAUACUGUAUUAAUUUAUAUUUUCUGUACCAUUUCAAGAACACUUUACAUAAAGACAGAGCCAAGACUAGUUUCCUCAGAGCAGUGGGUGCAGUCAUUUGUAUUUUUCUAUGACACCUGUGCCUGCAUGUCUGUGGUUUCCUUUAUUUCUCAGUGUCACUGCGUCAGCAGGUGUGGAAGUAAACUGUGGCGCCCUCUGCUGGCUGCGGUGAGGAACAAACGUAGCAGAAUGGGUGCGGUUUUGUGUGGAGGCUGGUAGCCAUUGCAUCCCAGGCUAACCUGAGAAGGCGCGCAGUGUCUGGGUGACUCACCCCUGGUUAGGCACAAACAGCUGUCUCGGCAAAGGUUUGGUCUCAUCAAGCCCUUCUAAAGCACAGCUGUCGUGAUUGUUUCUAGAAACUUAGUGUGUCAAGUAGACAGCCAAUGUCUGUGUCUCAUUUGGUGUGGGUAGAAGAAACUUCUGCCGCCUUACUGCGUGCAGUGGUCAGGGAUUGUUGAGCUACCAGGGUCUCUUUCAUAAGCAGUGCCUUGGUGUCUCGCUUAUAAGCUCGGCUAGAAUAUCUUGCUGAGUAGAGCCUUGGACUCUGGCAAGGACAGAACCAUCAAACUUAUAAAUUUGUGCCCCCCCCUCUGCCCCACCCCAGGCCUCAGUAGUAAAGAGCGUAGUAAUGAGCUUUCCAAAGCUGGGGCCUUGCCGAGGCCCUGAGCUGCUGCCUGGGGACUGCUCAUCCCUUCCCUGGUCAGCAAGCUCAAAUAGCCAUAUGAAUCUUAGUGGGGCUCAAAUGCAUUUUAGGCAGCAGGAACCAUGCUGCAGGGCAGGAGACUGAGAGGUCGCGCACGCACGUGGCAGGCAGUGACCUCGGAGAGGCCACCUGAUGUUCGCUCUCCAACGCGUCUCAGUUGUUUCCCUCCUCAAAACUCCCUACGGAGGUGUGAAUGCCUUAAUGCGGUAACACAUUUGAACUCAUUAGUGAUACUUCAGCCGCUGCCAUGAUUACCAGUGAAACUAUGGGCUACCAAAGAAGUAAUUGAUAAGCAUGGGCCAUCCUUCCUCAUAACCAAAGCAGUCUUAAUUGCAAUUGGAGCCCUUUUCUCUGGGAGACUAUAGAUAGAGACUCCAAGAACGCUCUUCAAAGGUAAAUUUAAGUUGAAAAUACUGAUGCACUCUCGUCGCUGCUCCCCCCCCCCCCAGUGUCAGUGGGGCAGAGCAGCGGUGUUCCUGUUUGAUUCUGCUUUCCUGUGUGGACUGUUGCCAGCUUGUGUCUUACAGGCAGACGUUGUGGCCUGGGAUGCCAGCGGUUGGGAUGCCAGUACUGCCCACCGAGGCAGGGCAUUCUCCCCAUUUUCACCUUGUCACCCAAACUACUCAAUUAAAGACACCGAGUCAGCCUGCUCUGGGGUUUUGGAUCAUUAGAAAAAAGAAAGGGAGCGCCAUUCGGAAGUGUCAUUUCCAAGGGUCAGAGCUAGGAGGAAACACCAGCAACAGAGUGUGUUAAGCCCUGAAACGCAUGGCUGUGAAGUUCUGAACAUGGGAACUGUAUGCCAACAGCACAAACCUAAAAUGCUGGCCUUUGGGCCAGAGCCCCAGACUGUUGCAGCACAGGGCGAUGCCCUUGGCAGCCAUUCAUUCUACCAGAGUCCAUGCAGCAGCAGAUCUCUGCUCAGUACUGAAGGGGCCUUGCCCCUGAAGAGCGCGGCUGGAGACACUAUACAACAGCAGCCUUUUUGUACUUGAGACAUUGCAGUUCAGCUCAGGAGACCUGAAGGUGUGUGGCUGGUGGAGGAGGACAGGCAGACAUGUACUUCUUUAGGUGCGCUCAGUCCAACACAGCUGCUAAGCACAGAGACUGGCCUUGCUCUUGUCUGGUGGUAUCUUCCUGUAAGCUGGGAGUCUGAUGGGGUGGUAACACCACAGUUCUGAUUUGGUGGCCUGAACGGUGAUUUCAAACGUCCCUUUCUCUGAAUCCUUUGUACACAUAAACUCAUUCCAUGGAUGGCUGCCUUAUAAUUUUGUGUCUCUCCACUUUAAUUGUGAAUGGUUUAAAAAUUGCUGUUUUUUGAUUUGUUUUAUGAUAUUAAAUUUUUAUUAGUGCA